UACUCUCAUCAGUUCCAAUUAAUGAUUUACAAUUGUGGUGAAUUUAGGUUUUUUAUUUUAGGUUUUUUGUCUCAAAUUAGUUGCGGUGGUGGUGGUUUGUAAUCUGAAUUCGUUAAUGAGUUUCUAACAUACAUUUCCUUUGAUUUCUAAUUGGAAGAGAGUCAGGCAACUAAACAGGGGAUCAAGCCCGUACUAUUUAGAACUUUUAUGCUUUAUCUUAGUGCUAGUUAGUAUGUUGUUGGAGAAACUUGUUGUAAGACCAUCAGAUGGUUGCAGCAAUGUCUACAUCUGGACAACUUCAAUGAAUAUGUCAGGGCAAUCUGAAUUUGUAAAACCGAUAUUUAUUACAUUCUUAUUUUGAUGUAAAUUUGCGCAGACUAUGAAAUUAUGCAAUAUGUGCUAAAAGUUGUUCUUUUACUAGUAAAUUUGCAGCACUAGAUGAGUGUAUGGCAGUUAUCCCUUUUAUUUUUACUUUUGUUGUUCCUGCCUGCUAAUGUUUUCUACCUGAUGGUCUUGUGUUCAUCUUGUUUUUUUUCCUUUUGUCUUGCUAUGUACCUUACAGUUGCCCAGAUGUCUUUGUCUCAUGUUUUCUGUACUCAGCUCUAGUUUUGCAUUGUUAUGAUUGACAUAGAGUAAUUAUAUCACAGUUUGUUGUGUGAACUCCGUUAAGGUUAGUUUCAACAAUAGCUUCCCUCGUUCUAUUUUUCCUAAGAUGCUUGCUUGUUGAAUUUUUUUUAACAUUUUCAGACACAAGUCCUGAUUUCCAGUUCCCACCUUUUUAUACAUGAGUUUUGCACUUGGCUUGGGAGCUAUUUGAAUCAAAAGCACAUAGCAACCGAAGUGUAGGAUCUUUAAGACAAAUGAUUUUAUUUUGCAGCUAUAUAUCCAAGUCCUGCAGCAUCUAAAGCUGAGUUAUAUGUUGUCAUGACCAGUAUGGUUUAUUUCAGGAUCACAACCAUGCUCAAUGUGGAAUUACAGAGUGUAGUAAACUGAAGGAUUUGAAGACUGCAUUUCUGACAGAUGACGCAACAACAAUUUGUUUAGAGAUUCUGGAGAAAGGAGAUCUUCAAGUUGCAGGGAAAGAAAGGGAGGCUCAAUUGUCACUUCAGUUUCGUGAUAUUGCCACCAUUGUCAUGGAAAACACCAUUAAUCCUGACACGAAACGCCCUUACUCGAUAACUAUGAUCGAACGUUUGAUGCAUGACAUCCAUUUUGCUGUUGAUCCUUAUAACAGUUCCAAAAAGCAGGCACUAGAUGUUAUUCACCGGCUUGUAAAGAAAUUUCCCAUCAAAAGAUCUCCAAUGAGACUUCGACUUACUGUUGGUGAGAAGAAUUUUUCCACUAUAUUGGAGAAGCUAGGCACUUGGAAUGGUGAGAUUGUGACUAUGGAUGAAUCUGGAACUCAAUUUUCAGUUGAUGACCAGAAGAUGGCAGCAAGGUUGGCUAACACAAUGUGCAAUUCACUUAAAGGAAGACCUGCCCUGGGUCGUAUUUUCCAAGGAAAGGAGCCACCUCAAUUUGUUGCUAUAUUUAGCCUAUGGUUGUGCUAAAGGUACUUGCAGGGAUCGAGUCGAUUGGAAUUAGAAAGUCAACACGGCCUUAAUUAAGGUUUGUAAUGCAUGAUCUAAAGGGAGCUAAGUGGCCGGAUUAGAGAAAUUUGUUAGACUAGCUCUCUAGCCUUUUGUCUUUAUUUGUUAAUAUUAGUGUUAAUUUGUUAGACUAGCUAGCUAGGUGUUUAAAAAUUGUAAACGUACGUACUAUACGCUUUUCUCUAUUGGGUUAAUAUAAAUGAAGUUAAUUUCAUGAUUUAUUAAUAAAAAUAAGCAGAUUCAUACAUUUGCUAUUCUGGUGUUGAUUGGUGCGU